AUGACGACUAAUGUGGACAAAUGGGAAUGCUAUUCUUCAGUGAGCGCUUCAGUGUGUGGCCUAACGAAGUUGUUGGGCAUUUGUGAAAGAUAUGCUCUCAAUCAUGGCCUAACAUACAAUGUAAAGAAAAGUGAAUGCAUGGUCUUUCAGGUCAGAGGAAAACCACCAAUCACAGUACCAUCUGUUAAGCUGAAUGGAAUGCCUAUUAAGAGGGUAGAUCAGUUUAAAUACUUAGGGCAUAUAAUUACUACUGAUCUAAACGACAAUGCUGACAUCGAGAGGGAGCGCAGGGCGCUGUCGGUGAGAGCUAAUAUGAUAGCCCGGAGGUUCGCGCGUUGUUCCACUGAAGUUAAGACUACCCUUUUUAGGGCUUACUGCUCAUCUUUUUACACAAGCAGCCUCUGGAUUAGUUACUCACAAAAACAAUACAGCGCUCUGCGCAUUCAAUAUAAUAACGCAUUUAGAGCGCUGAUGGGGCUGCCCCGAUUCUGUAGCGCAUCGGGGAUGUUCGCGGAAGCGCGAGUAGAUUGUUUUUAUGCAACAAUGCGCAAACGCUGCACAUCCCUGGUGCGCAGGGUGGAGGCCAGCUCCAACAGCGUGCUGGGCAUGUUUGCGUCGAGGUUUGACUGUCGGUACCUGAAUCAUUGCGCAAUGAUUCAUGUGCUGGCAGACCGCUGA